CUACACCGUAGAGGAGGAAUAAAGACGGAUUUCAUACCAACAGCAUUUAGAGCUGAUGUUUGUUUACAUGUGAGGUUGUUUCUUGUUAAAAUGGCAGAGCAACUGGAUGAAGAAGAAGAACAAAUAAUUGAUUUUGCCAUCCAGAGAAGUCUUCAGGACAGUGGUUUACCCCUCUGUACAAAAUGGAGUACAAUGGAAACAUCGAGCAACGACAAUCAGAUGAUUUUAGCAGCUAUAGACCAAGGUGACAUGGCCACUUUGAAAGCACUUCAUGGGCAAAGAAAAGCCUUCACAGAGACGGACAGGAGAGGUUGGCUUCCCUUUCACAGAGCCUCGGUUCAGCCAAACGCAGAGAUCCUGGAAACUGUUUUACUCGCGUUGCAUGAGUUGAGCAUGGAGGAGGUUACAGCUGACGGGGAGACGGCGCUGACUCUUGCAACUCAGGCUGGACUUUUGGAGAAUGUGAAGAUGCUGCUGCAGCAUGGCGCAUCCCCACACAACACCAACAGCAAGAAUGAGUCCCCACUUCAACUAGCGGUCAAGGUUAACUCCUAUGACAUGGUGCUGGAACUGAUAUUAGGUGGUGCAUUUGUGGAGCAAGUGUGUCUGAAAAAGUGGACGGCCACACACGAGGCAGCCAAAGUGGGCUGUGCUGAUAUCCUGAUGUUGCUACUGAGGCACGGUGGGAAGGUUACAGCUCGAGAUGGCCACGGAGUCACACCACUGGGAAUCGCUGCUGAGUAUGGCCACGCUGACAUAUUAGAAAUCCUCAUUGAAAAUGGGGGUGAUGUUACUGCACAGGCUACCAAUGGAGACACAGUGUUAUAUGAUGCAACAGGAUCAGGAAACCUGGAUUGCAUCCUUCUUCUCCUUCGACAUGGUGCAAAUCCCAACGUGCCUAGUUUCGCCUUUCAGCUUCCUAUACACCGUGCUGCAUAUGAAGGCCAUUAUCUAGCUCUGAAAACAUUGAUCCCCAUCACAACGAAGAAGGCCAUACGCGAGUCUGGGAUGAGUCCGGUGCACUCGGCUGCAGACGGAGGCCAUGCUAUCUGCCUGAAUUAUCUUAUAGAAAAGGGCUUUGAUGUCAACUCUCUUCUUGGUGACCACAUUUCUAGCAACUACAGUGACAUGAGGAAGACAGCGCUGUAUUUUGCGGUGUGCAACGGUGAUGUCACGUGUGCUGAAAUGCUGCUGGAGGCCGGGGCAAAGCCUGAUCUGGACCCUCUGUUGUGCCUCCUCGUUGCUGUGAGGGCAAGCCACUAUGAGCUUGUGCGGCUGUUGCUGGCCCACGGUGCGAACGUGAACUGCUUCUUCACAGCUAUCAGCAAUACAAUGUUCCCUACAGCUCUACAGUACUGUCUCCAUGAUGAAAUAAUGUUUCGUUUAUUACUUAACAACGGCUAUCAUGUUGAAAGCUGCUUUCAGUGUGAGCACAAUUUUUGUAUUCAGACAGAGAGCUACACAACAACCGAUGACACAUGCAGUUACUUCAACAAAGUGACGUUUUGUGAUUUCAUCAGUGUGAGGUGGCUGAAGCACCUGGCAGGAUGGCUUGUACGUAUUCUCCUGGACUAUGUGGUACACGUUCCCAUCUGCCCCAAACUUCAGAAGAUCUUGCAGAUGCAAAAUGAGUGGCCUGAGAUCUGUGACAUUCUCAGAAACCCACGGCAUCUGAAACACCUGUGCAGGCUUGUUAUAAGGAAGAGGAUAAGCCUGAGAAGACUAAACAACCCCAGAUUUAUGAGUGAGUUUCCUUUCCCUCCUGCGCUGAAGAACUAUCUGAUCUACAAGGAGUAUAACUUGUAUGGACAAAUGGAAAUUUGAAGUGGUA